AUGCGCGCCCUCCAGUGCAGCCUCGCGCUGGUCCUGUGCAGCCUCACAGCGCUGGUGGCUGCCCAAGAGGUGUACCGCUUCGAUUUCUCGCUGGACGACCAACCAUUGAGCGGCGAGUUCACGUCCGAUCAAGACCUGUGGCAACUCGCGGCCGACUUCGUCGCCGGCCGGGGCUGGCGAUUGGAAGAAGAGUCACGAGCGUGCCGCGACGCGAGCACGGAGUUGGAAAGGGACAACUGCGCCGUCGCGCUGCUCGUCGAGCUCUGGAGCCAGGCCCUGCCCCAGUCGCCGGAGGGCUGCCCGACGGCGGGCUACGGGUCGCGCGUGCGGCUCUUCGUGGCGGUCCCGUCCGCGGCCCACUACACGUCGAGAAGACAAGCCAUCCGCGCGACGUGGUGCGCACGAGCAAAACAAGCUUUGGUCACGUCGGGCGGCCAGGACUCGGCGAUUGUGGCGUUUUUUGUGGGGAGCUCGGAGCACGACACCGCCAUCCGCGCCGAGAACGCGACGCACGGCGAUCUGGUGAUGGUUCCUGUGAAAGAUGCGGCGACGAACGUCACCGCGAAAUUGUUGUACUCGCUCCACUACUUUUCCGAGCGGGACUUCACGCAUUACAUACGAGUGGAGGACGACGUCUACCUGUUCGCGGAUCGCUUGAUGGCCAAUUUAAGGGCCGUCGACGCGUCGCGACAUGGUGGGCGGUGGGCGUUGGCAAGGUACGCGACGAACGAGUCCCUACUGCCGGGCAUGUCGUACCCGCGCGGCUUUGCCGUGUUGCUUCCUCAUCGAGUAGCGCAUGGACUGGCGUUACUAGACGAGACGAUGGGUCUCAGUGUAGCGUCGCGAGCAACAGGACAAUAUGGAAUCGCAGCUACAGGAGCCAAGGGCGGCUGGGUGCGCAACCGCUUCUGGUGCGACGAUCAACAUCUCGGGUUGUUGCUACACCCCACGCAAACGCAUCUCGAGGACGAGCCGCGCUUCCACGACCUGCCCGGGCGUGGGCCCCACGCGCAAAGAGUUUCCCAUGCCUCCAUGGCCGUCAACGCCGUGCAGACGGACGCCGAGUUCCGAGCCUUGCACGCCGGGGCGGCUCUAGGCGGCAACGCUUAUAUUGCGGAGGAGGCCUGGACGCGCGAAGGCGAGGAGAUCGUGGUCCGGGCCGAUCUUGACGGCACGGCGAACGUCCUGCGCAUCGCGGACCCCGCGCGGGCCGGCGCGGCGGCCUGCGACGCGUCGGCGCGGCGGGCCGCCGACGCGGCCCGGGACGCGUAUCCCCACGUCCAACAGCUGGACACGGCGCUGCGGGCCGCGCUUUUGGCCGUCUGCGACGCCGCGGCGGCGGGCGAGACGGACUGGACGCUCGGCUACCGGCCCGCGUAUCGCGGCACGGAGCCGCCGUCGGCAUUCGUCGCGCUGCCGGUGGUCGCGUUCCGGUCGGGGUAG